AUGAGUGCUGAAAAUAACACUGUUUCUGAAUAGCAAAAUCAAUUGAAUGACGAUUGGUGUUUCUGGUAUUGCCCUAGAUUCGGCCACAAGAAUUAUAUUAACGAAGAUUAUUCGAAAAAUCUCAAAUUAUUAGGUGAAUGUAGCACUGUUGAACAAUUCUUCUCAAAUUACAUAUAUAUCUAAAAGCCUACUAACAUCGAAUCUUAAAACAAGGUUCUCUUCUUUAGAAAGGGAUGUACUCCUUUGUGGGAAGAAUGGAAGUGUGGUGGUUGCUGGAUCCUUUUGGUUUAAAGCGAUAUGUAUAAAAACUUGAACAAAAUUUGGGAAGAUUUAUUACUUGGCUGUAUUGGUGAAAAUUUUGGUAACUCAAAUAUUAUUGGUGUUGUUUUGUCAAUUAGAAGAAAUAGAAAGGCUGUUAUUGAAAUUUGGAUGAGAGAUAGAGAUGAAGAAUAAAAAAUCAAGGCAGGUGAAGAGUUAAGAAAGAUAUUAGAUCUUAAGCCUGACAAUUUGAUAUUCUAUUACAAGGAUCACGUUAGAUCAUUAACAGAAGGAUCCACCAUGAAGGGUUCUAUGGGUUAUUAGUUUGUUGGUACUCCAGUUCCUACUCCUAUGAUUACUAAUGCUAUAAAUAAUGCUACUAUAGAAGAAAUCAAAAACUUAGAAGAUUUAGAUAUCUGA